AAGGGUUGAUAGCAGGAUAAAACAUUCAACAUCUGAACAUCGAAAGUGUCCGUAGUUUCAUUUUAGGACCCCGAUCUUCAAAGCUAGUUAAACGGAAAAGGAGUUUAAAAAACUUAGCAGCCAUGUCAGUUGGAAGAAGCCCCCGCAGUGCCACCCAUUUGGUUCAUCAUUUGGAUGCCAGCCCCUUCAUGGUGGCCGCUGAUGUCACUGAUGCAAUUGGUGUUCAGUCCCCUGAGAUCCUUCUCUCGGAGUACCUUUGGCAACAGACGCAACAGUAUCACAACCAAGCAUUGCAGACAGGGUUUGUACAAGGAAUUAGGAACGCUACGCUCAACCCCGAGAGCUUCGGGGGCUACAUGCUUCAAGAUUCCAUGUUUUGUUAUGAGGCAUCAAAGAACAUUGAUCUUGCUGAAUCGAACGCAACAGAUCCGAGUAUCAAACAAUUCCUGCAGAAAAGGUUUCAAUCAUACAAGGAUUACUUCCAAUCACUGUUCAAUACCUGGCAUAUUGUGGACGCAUCCGGAAUAAAGCUAGACCAAGCUUGCACGGCCUACAUUGCCCAUGAACACGAUGUAGCCAUGAACCGCAACUCGGUAUACUUCGUUGUUGCCCUGCUACCUUGUGCAAAGCUAUGGCCAUGGAUUGGACAGCAGAUUGCAGCAGAUACAGGCAAUUUCGGCGUGUACACCAAGUGGGUCCAGGAAAACUUUAGUCCUGACAGUUCUGGAGUAACCAAGUACGAAACAUUGAUUAACAACGCUGAAGCUCAAGGGGUAAUAAACAGAAACGAGGCUCUGGAAGUCUACACGAAGAGCAUGAUGGGAGAGGUUAACUUCUUUGGCUCCAUCAUGACAAUCUAGAAGGAAUGUGUCCAUGGCAGUUGAAACAAAUAUGUUUCGAAAGAACGGCAAUACGAAAUUACAUCAUUGUUAAGCGUUAUUUGGAAUAUUGUCGGCAGAUAGUUUGCAAUACUAUAUACAUCAACUAUAAUUAGUACUGGAAUUUGUACAGCCAAUGUUAACCACAUAAUACAAAUACACAUUUUAUUUACAUUACAAAAUAUAUUUACUCAUGCUUGAUUUUAUUACGAUUUAU